CGAUGCGAAGGUCGAGAUUAGCCGAGGUGUCUGUACUGCUCCAGCGCACACGUCGGACACUUUCCGUAAAAAUCUUAACGUGUGUGUUCCUUGAUAUUUCCAUGUCGAUGAGUUCUAGACGCGUAUAUGUCGUAGAUUGUAUAUUUGUGUGAAUCGUGCCGCGGCAUUUACUCUUUUUCGCACGACCAGGAAUAAGGAAUGUUUAGGUUAUGGCUUCGUCGCCGGAUAUUAAAUUAAAAGAGAGAUUAGAUGCUAGUUUCAAAGACACCGCAGCUCUGAGCGCGUUAUGGAGAAAUAUCGCUUUCGACAUAGAAUCAGGUUCUAUGAAGUUCUUGACGGUUGUGGAGACUCUAGGCUCCUACAUCACAGACCAAGAUAAUGUCACAAGAGGAAAAGGAAUUACAGUCCUCUCUUCUGUCCUGUCGCAGUUGUCGCAAGACUAUCUCACCGAAUUAGAAUUACAGUACAUCGUAGCAUUUUAUUGUGACAGAAUGAAGGAUCAUCAUAGCAUAAUACCACCAGUGUUAAAUGGUGUUCUAGCGAUUGCAAAUAUGACUCGUUUACCUCAAAGUGCACCGUCGUCCCUGUUAAGAGCGAUAUUUGAAAAUGUUCAGUGCCAAUCUCAGCUGUUCGCGGAACGUCAGACUGUAUACUUAAUAUUUAAAAGUUUCGUCGAAAACAAGUUAGACUAUCUGAAAUCUAUGGGGCCAGAUUUAGUUUAUGGUAUUAUUAGCUCUAUCGAUGGCGAAAGAGAUCCAAAGAACCUUAUGUUAUUGUUUGGUAUACUGUCGCAGUUUAUAAAAGAAUUUCCAUUGGGUCACUUAACCGAAGAGACGUUUGAAGUUUUGGCAUGCUAUUUCCCAGUUGAUUUUAAUCCUACCGACACAGAAAAUCUGAGUGUGACUCGGGAAGAUUUGGCAGAGAGUUUGGCACCUUGCUUGUGCGCUACUCCAGAAUUCGCAAAUUAUUGCAUACCUCUCAUAAUCGAUAAACUAUAUUCGACCCUCAGGGUUGCUAAGCUCGAUUCCUUACAUUUGUUACGCGAUGGCGUUCCAACAUUUGGGUCAUCAAGAAUGAAACAGUAUUUGCCAGAAUUAUGGAUAAUUCUACAGAAAGAGAUUCUGUCGGGGAGAGACGCGGAGGUAAAAGACGCUGCAUUGGAAGCAAUAGCGUCUCUAGUUAAAGUUUUAUCGGACGACGAAGCUACCUGCAAGGAUUUUAUCAACAAAAUAAUCGCCGACAUAAAAUCGUCGUUGCACGAUGUGCAGCUUAGUUUGUACAGGCCUGCCCAAAAAUUAUUGGAGACAAUGGCGACGGUUAGUAAAGCGAUAUGCGUGCAAAUUUUGCAAGCUGUCGUACCUUUGUGCAUCGGACAAUAUUCCACUAAGAUCUCAUCGAACGACAAAAUUGUAUUGAUAGAUACCUUAAAUAGUUUCAUGGGAAUAUGUUCCAAUCAUGAAUUUAGCAUUCAAGAUAUUCCAGAAUUAGCAUGGGCGAACAUACCUCAAACAUAUCUGGACGAUUUAACGGUAGAAAACAUCGAACUAAAAAGUAAAGUGUGUCUUGGUCUAACGCUGCAAAAGGCACACUUGAACGAUGUACAACGCUCUGUGGUAUAUAACGCGAUAUGCAAUGAGAUUGAGGCAGGGCGCGAUGAGAUACAAGCUGUAUGUCAUGCAACUAUUAUAGAUUUUGCUGCGUUACACCCUCAAGAAAUAUCGUUGUUAGUUGAAGAGAGAUUGUUAUCGAACAUGGAUGAAGCGAACAUAGAAUUGCUGAAGCGUAAGAUAAAGGCUUUGCUAGCUAUCGCAAAACUCCAGAAAUUAGGAUGCGCAAUUCUCCGAAAAAUAGUUGCGAUGUUGACGAAUGAUACUAACGUCGAAAUAUGCAUCACGAUAUUGCUCAAUAUUCAGAAAUUGAUUACUUCGAGAACAUUUGAUUUUAACGCGCAUCAGUUUUUGUAUCAGGAAUGCCACGUUAUCGAUAAAUUAACUUCGUACAAGACGGAUGUCGCCGGUCACAAAAUGCUGAUAUCUAAUGUCUGCCAAUUAAUUGCACGAAAUCUCACGAUCGAGGAGCAACGCGCGAUUGUAGCGAAGUACGCCGCAGCUUUGAGCACAAGGAUUCGCGACACUGACGUACGCGUGGACGCAAUAAUGAAUCUUUUAAUUCCUCUGCGAAGAGAUAUCAACUUGAAUAUUAACAGGGACAUGGUGGGAAAUCUGUACGACCUGGCGAUUAGCAGUUCUAGCGUGGACAUGAAUGAAGCAACGUGUAAAUUCUUAUCCGUUUUAUUAAAUAAAAUGGAGGCGGCAGAUCUUGACGAAAUUGUACCUUAUCUCGAAGACAAGCUAAGCAGCAACUUAAAAACAGAUAUCGCCAUUGAACUGAAGCAGCAUGCAGUUAGCUUUUACAUUUGGAUGACUAAGGCACUUAUCACGAGGGGAUAUUGGAAGUCACAGUACUUUUUAGAAAGUAUUACGCAGCUACUAACUCACGAUGAAGUAGGUCGAUUUGUAGGUGAACAGUAUCAAAUUUUAGUGAGCAAGCAUGAAGACAUUUUAACAGCAGAAAAUUUCUGCACUGUAAAAAUGUUUUAUAAACAAAGGGUGUUCGAAUAUUUGUUGCAACAAAAUGUUAAUUUUACAAGUUCAAUGAGACAGAAUUAUCUCAUUGCCUUGGUACAUUCGCUGAAACAAAUGCCUGAAGAAUUGUUAUUUUUGCAUCUGGCCAAGUUAGUGCCACUGUUGAUCGAGUCUCUGACUCUCAGUGAUGAGCACCUAGUUCUCUGGUCACUGACGUCGCUAAAACUCUUGCUCGAUACCAAGCACGAUAUAUUCUCUGACAAUAUACAGUGCGUCAUACCAAGACUCUUGCAAUUAUCGACACAUCGAAUGAUGGAUGCGAGGGUUGCAGCUCUGGAGUGCCUAGCACGUUACACCAAUUAUUCCAUUAUUUUAAUUAACCCGUACAAGCAAGUGGUACUGGACAAGCUGGGAAUAAUUAUCGACGAUCGUAAACGUCUAGUUCGAAAAGCUGCUGUAGAUGCGAGAACGCGUUGGUUCAUAGCGGGUGCAUCUGGAGAUGGAAAAGAAUAAAUGCUAUUGCAUCUUAUGUAAACGCGUCUAACAUUAUUUUGACGAUUUUACAAAUAGUUUGCUCCUUACUUUAUAUAUUUCGAAAAAUAUAAAUUUUUUAUUGUUGACUAUUAACACGUUAUAAUCUAUAAAUUGGUGUAUAUAUUCUU